CACGUAGCAAGCGCGCACUUUUGCGGCUGGAGUAUCCAUGCACGCUUUUAUGGAUCAUACUUAGGCGCGAGGAAGAAUCGAUCAGCUUGCGGCUGGCCACAGCCUUCGCUGCGCAUGAGACCAACCGCCGUCAUUCCCGCCAUUCUUGAGUGUCGCCUUUUACGCUUGAUACGAGCAAUCUUCUCCAUCUAGCAUUUGAUACUACCUAGGCCGCUUACUCGUGCAUACUUGCCGCGACAUAGGGGCUCGCGCCGCGCCUGCUGGUCUUGUAGUUUAUGAGCCAAACAUGGCAGAAUUGUAGUAGAGCGCCUCACAGGCUGGUCUAUCUGUUUUGUUGAGACAGAGCCACCUAUGGCGCGGCGCCAGCACGUCUGGCAAGCGCACAUUACGUUGGUGUUGCUCGCCCAGUUGUUACUUCGACUUCAGGGCAGCUAUGGCCUGUAUCAGGCUAAUGACGUCGCAGAGCCAGGAAGCACCGAGUCAGAGGAGCCGUGUGUGUCAUUUCGCUCAGACCAUGAGGUGCCCAUCGUUGCGGACGACGGCUCGUCCCUCGGCUACGUGACGGUCCACAGCGGCGGGGGCGCGCUCCUCGUGUCGGUCGACUCGCCCAAAGCUUCCCCCUUCCACGGCGAACAGCACAACCUUCGCGCCCACUUCACGCGGGCCUUCCCACGCCACUGCGCCAUGGCAACAGUCGGCUUGAAUGGCAGUGCACCGCUGGAGCAUACAGAUUUGGGUGAUCGGUACGUGGCGCGUCUGGACGUGCCGCCGGGGCUGUUCCCCUGCGACCCCGACCGCGGCGAACCCUUCUUCGCCGUGUUCUUCAUGGCGCUGGAGGUGGACCUGCAGCCAACCGUCGGCGCGGCCGUGACAGCCCAGACGGCCGGUGACUGGCUUGGCCUGGUGCCGCCUGGCGUGAGCUGCCCAUUCGUCACCGUGUCAGGAGCCUGCAACCCAGAUGCCUGCCGCCGCCAGCAGCAGCUGCAUGGGGACCGUAAGCAGCCUCUGGCACGCGAGCAGGCGUCGGCGUCGCCAGGUGCCACGGCCGUGGCCGGCGGCACCGCUAGCGGGGCGCACCAGCGCAGGCAGCACCACCUCAGCCCGAGCAUUGUACACCUGCCGCCGCCGGCGCCGUCGCGGUCUGGCGCUGCUGGACUCGGCUCGGCGGAGCGCCGUGGCAAGGGCUCAGACACAGACGAGUAUGGAGUGGACACCGGAAGCGUCCGCCGCAACCGCCGGAAGCCGCUCAGCGUCAGCGCGCAGGUGUGGCGGGCGGUGGCAUCGCUGGCGGCCGCGCUGGUGACCCGCGCCGGCCGGCUCGUGCAGUCAGCGGCGGGCGUGGUCCACUUACAGUGCUUGUACCGCCUGUCGCCGCGCACGUGUGCUCGGCUGGAGCAGGUUGGGGCGGCGGCGCCAGGCAUCACCGCCGCCGCCGCGCUGCUGGCCGUGGCGUUAGUUAGCGGGCUGGUGCGGCGGUGCCAGCAGCAGGCGCAGCGGAGGCGCAGCGACGGCCGCGGCGGCCAGCAGACAGGCAAGGCGUCUCCGGCGCCGGCGCCUGCUUCGUCGCCGACGGCGGCGGCGCGGCCGCGGCAGCAUUUUACCGCCUGGGCCCCGCGCUCCGCCGCUGUGGCGGUGGCGGCGAGCGUCCGUGGCACGUCAAUGCCUGGCGCCGCCGGUGCCGGUGCCGGCAUUGGUGGCAGCUUCGCCGACGACAGAGCCGCUGCCUCGCGGCGGUAUGGGCGGUCCACAUCCGUGAGUGGCGCGGCCGCCGGCGACGGCCUCGCCCGGCGCUCCACUUCCUCCUCCCGAGUGCAGCCUUAUCUUCUGGCGGGCGGCAGUCACGGCGUGACCACGUGCGGGACGUCGGGAUUCACGGCAGCGGACGUCGCGCCCAUCCGCCUGUUGUCGUCGUGCUACCCUUCGCUCGCAUCCGCACUCACCGAUGGCAGCGAUGAGGUUGACAUCGCCUGCCGCCUCUUCACCCACCCCGCCGCUGCCGUCCCUCAUCGCUCCAAACCUGAGUCCGUCUCCUCAAUGUCUUCCUCCUCCUCUGCCGCGUCUGCCGCGACCUCAGCCCCUGGCGCUGGAGCCGCUCGGGCCGCCAAAUCAGGAGCGCUGCCGCGGGUGCGUGGCGGCAGCGACUCGGGGCGCGGGCAUGGGCCCUCCGCGACGGAGCUGGUGACCAGCCUGCCGACUGACAAGGCCGUGGGGCGCGCCGGCCGCGCCGCCACCUCUUCUGCCGACGGCACCAGUCCGGGCCGGCGCAGGGUGACGUUCAGUGGCACCUUUGCCACUGCGCCGGCCCCGCAGCCCCAGCCCAAGCCGUCCAAGGCGCGCUCACUGAUGCGGCUCCCAGACGGUUCCGGCUCCAUGCCGGCGUCGCAGCCCUUGCCUGACCUGCAGCUUCAGCAGCAGCAGCCACGCCACAGCAGCGCCGCCACCUGUGCCUCAAUCCUGGGCUCGCCGGACCUCUGUGCACUUGAGGUCAAGCCCAUCCCGCGCCCUGCACGUGCCGCUGAGCCCGGCCUGAGCCUGCCCCACCAGGACGACGCCCCGCCUGCACAGCUGAUGUGGUCGGCGCCGGGUGCCGCGUCAGCAACCGCACGCGUCCUCAAGUGCAGCCCAAACACCCAGACCAGUAACAGUGCGACCGGUCACACCUCUGCGAGGGCAGCAGCGGCAACACCUCCGGCGCCGCUGGCACGCGCGUCUUGCAGCGGCGCACUCCUCAGUGGUGAGACGAUGCGGCUGAAUAGCAGCGGUGGCGGCGGCGGUGGUGGCCGCGGCUGGGUCGGUCGCAGCAUCAGCCUCAAGGCCCUGUCGGCGCCCGCGCCCGCCGCGACAGACGGCCAGGUGGAUGCGGAGGCCGCGGCCGGCGCCGACCUGGUGCCGGCCGCCACGGCCUCGGCUGCGCUGCCUGUGCCUCUGCCUCCACCGCCGACCUUCCUCCGCUGGUCGGCUGGCCCCACCCACACCGCCUUGGAGCAUGAGAGCGCGUCCGCAGCUGACACCCAGGGCCGACUUCAGGGAGCCGCGGCACGCCGCACGCCGCCUGCCAACCUGCGAAGCGCCCCGCUCUCGCGCGGCGCCGGAUCGGCUGGCGCCCAGGCUUACUCUGAUAGCCUGGCCGCCGCCGCCGCCGCUGCCGCCACUGCUGCCGGCGGUGGCCGUACAAGCAGCUCUGGCGGCGCCUGCAGCGGCGGACUGCAGCAGCCCCAGCCCCAGCUGCUGCUUAGUGCGCCGCCUACACGCGAUCCUGUUGCUUCCGCUGCUGUGGCUGCAGUGCCCCAGACGCGCGCCCGCAGCGGCAGUGGCAUGGCCAGGGUAACGUCACUGCAGCUCCCGUCCAUGCCGCCACCGCCGCCGCCGCCGGGCUUCCUUCCGCGCCACAGCCUGUCCCUGACGUCCAGGGUCCUGGGGCCCGCCGCCACUGCGCCGCCAACGGCGCUGCCGCCGCCGCCGCCGCCUCUGCAGCAGUCGCCUAGUGUGCCGCUGCCGCUGCCGCCGCCCUCGCUGCUGCUCCGCAUGAUGUCACAGGAGGCCAAGCGCCAGGCGCCGCCGCCAGGGCUGAUCAUGUCGCCGCUGCCGCUGCCGCACAGCGGCUCUAGCACGACCUGCAGCUCGGAAGCCAUGCCGUGCUGUCGGGCGGAGAGCCACGGCGCCGCUGCCUACCCGCGCCCAGGCGGCUUGACAGAUGACCACGAUGACUUCGUCCGCAGCCUCAGCUGCGGCAGCGCCUGCAAUGCUCGCGGACUGCCUUCGCCGAUGCCGGCGCCCGCGCAGGCGGGCGGCGCGCCGGGCGCCGGCCGGCCGAGCAUGGGCUCCCCGGCAGGCAGCGAUGACGCAAGCUGCGGCGGUAGUGGCGGUGCUGGCACCAGCGGCAGCAGUGGCGCAGCGAGUCCUGAGAGUGACAGUCCUGCGUGCCGCAACCGCAACGACUGUGAUUCACCUGUGGGUCCCGUUGUCCCAGCUGUGACUGUGGCCUGGGACGCAGUGGCCAAGACUGAGGCAGGCGCCCCGUUGCAGUCUGGCCAUUUGCCGACGCCGUUUGCGGCAGCCGCCAAGCCUCUGCCCAGUGUGCGUCUUGGCCCCUCGGCUGCGGAGCUGGACUCGCCAUUUGGCAGCCCGCGCGCCGUGCGUCGCGCUGCGCCCCACGCCGGAGGACUCAGAGCCGCGGCCGCCGGCAAGCUGGCAGCUGCUGCGGUGGCAGUCGCAGAGAGCCAGGCAGGCAAAGCGCGUGUGGCAGCAUCUGCUUUUGCCGGCAUGCAGACCGCUUUGCAAGCUGCUGCGGACGCGCGCACCAGCUGCGACCUUGGCAGCACCGUCCAAGCAGACCUCGCGCCGCCCUUUGCGCCCUCGCCGGUGCGCACACUGGCUCCGCAGCCGCGCACGUUGCGCUUCACCGGCGCAGACAGCACUGGCGGCUGCAGCAGUAGCUGCACCAGCAGCAGCUGCGGCGUCGCAGCCAACUCUCUCUCCUUCCGCAUCCCGUUGCACCCAUGCGCAUCGACCGGCGCGGACGCCGCUGACGCGGUGGCGACCCCGGUGCUACGUGGCGCGCGCCGCUGGUCCCUGACCGGGGUUGGAGGCACCGCCUCCGCCACCUUAGAGGAGCAGGUGCUGCUGGAGGCACAGCCGCUGCAGCAGCAGGCUGAUUCAGGGGUGGAGGCUGGCAACCAACUCCACCUGCCCCACCCUCCGGUUCAUGCAUCUGCCAAGGUAGCUUUGCCGCUACCUCCGCCGCCAUUCCUGCGGCCCCUGCCCCUGCCCGUGCCGAAGCAGCGCCCGUAGCUGGGGUCCUGGAACUGUGUGGUCAGUGCCUAGGUGCCGCACAAAUUUGGAAGAAUGACGCCGUGGAGCUCUGAGGCGGACGUCAGACAUGCACGGCAUCCGUGGGUGCAUCGAAAGGAGGUAUACUGGAGGUGCAUGUGCGCAAGGCCCCAGAGGGCCGAAGCCAAGCACCGUAUUAGCCUUAGUCCGAUGAAUCACCAGCCCUGCUGCGUGAAGUCUCGGGGUGCUAGGACCGACCACGACGCGGAGCAAGCUUCAGCAACUGCAAGUAACGUACACACGAGCCGCACGGCAUACAUACAAAGCCCCUGUUGUUUCUUACCCUUGCUCUGCCGAAGUGUAUGUGUUGGUGUGGUGUGUGUGCGCGCGCCAGGAUUGCGUUGUCCAGUUGUUGCAGCGAUUGCAUUGUGGGUUGUUUGACAUUGUUGUUGCAAACAGCGGAUCCAAAUGGUGCACAAUUGCGACGGAAGUAGGCUGCGCCCCUACUUGUGCGCUUAGAUUCUUCAUGCAUGGAGUACUCGCACCCUUUCCCCAGUUUCCCAGCAACAUGAAAUGGGUACAGCCGCCUGGUGACAUACGCGCCGAGGGCACAGUAUCUGUAAGAAGUGAGGACAUUCUAUUAGACAAUGAGAACAGGAACUAGGGACACUAAUAUUAAGGAGCGAAUCGUGGAUAGCCGUGGAUAGGUGCAGGAUUGUUUGAGGGGGCUACGGCAGGGAGGGCUAUGCUUAGCGGUCCACGGGGCCGAGGCAUGGGCGCCCUGUGGUAGGGUCAUGUAGUCUGCUUUCAUGCUUCGUACGACAACCGCGUGUGCUGGACCGCGGCAUUGCAUCCUAGAACCCCAACCUGGUGAAUCUGCGGUGUCAUGUUGCAUCAUGCUAAGAGUGUUCGGGCCUGAUACACGGCCACUCAUAUGCUUACCCCGUACGUGUCGACCAUGCUUCAUUGGGCGGAUAACGUGUGUAGGCUCGCACGAAUAGGCCAGGGUGCAAUGUCCGUCCCUUAAGGUUGAGCAGGAAGGCUAAAGUGUGAUGUGCGUGCAUGCUUCUAGGGCGGCUGGCAGCUUAACGAGGCCGCAUGUUUGCAAGUAUCUCCCUGGUUCCUCCCAUCGUGCGUAACUCCAAACAAAGCUGCUCGUACUUAGCACUUUGAACGAUUGCAUUGAAGCCUUGAUGCUAAAGUGUGUGCGGUGUAUGCGACGGCCAGGCAGGUGGAGAGACUGGCAUAGUUCGUUGCAGUAAUCGAGAUGCAUUCAUAGCAUACCUGCCAUAGGCGGCCUAUCACGCGGGGCAGAAGCCUUGAUGAAUGUGGACGGUCCCUCAUGCGUCAAUACAUUCACAACUUGCCGCACCUGGAGUGCUGCCAUCAUUUUCCGCCGUGUAGUAGUUCAUCUAAUGCUUUAUCGGACUUUAGGGUUGCAGGCCGCGCCGCAAUGGUUGUUAAUUGCCCUGCUGCGCUACAUAUCGGUAAUGAGGAUUGGUUGCGGUGCGCACGAGGGCCGUUUGUACUCAAGCGGCCAUCCUGAUGUACAGCCAUAGGGCGCUGGGAGCCUGCCCUGCGUUGGUGUUUGGCGUGGUUGUGCACACGUGGUGGCCGCCUUGUGUGGAGCUGUCGGCGGGCAGGCUGUCCCUGGCUGUACCAGGUGAGGGCGCUUUCUCCUGGGCGAGACCGUACGUGCCGCUUGGAAGCGUUGUCCCUGCCUGUUGGUGCAGCGGUGCUUUAGGAGGUCUGCUUAAGAGGGUGGCGCCUACGCACACGCGCAUCGAUGUCCCUUUGGCUGUGCCUAUCGUAUUGUUCUGCUUAUUGUGCCAUAUACAUAUAGCGCUGCCUUGCCAUAAGACAUAAGCCUGACGUACUGAUGUCACACCUCCGGGUCCGGGCGGCAGUCCUGGAUGGCUGUAAUGGUGUCAUGGC